AUGGACCCUGAGAGCCGGGACGAUGACAAGGCUUGGGGCCCUUCGGUCAACGUCACUGCUGCUGAGCACGAGAACAGUGGUGACGAAGGUAUCGAGAAGCCCAGAACGCUACCCCCCGACUUGCCAACUUCGCUAGACGACCGGCGCUCAUUUCCGAGCUAUAAUUCUGAGACCGAGAUAUACGAUGGAUGGCAGGGCCAGUCGCAAUUUCUCACCACUCCGGUACCUACAAAGCCUUUAUCAUUCAACUUAGCUCUCGAUGACAAUAACUCCGAAGAAGAUUUUUACAACCCUCGACUCCCGUCUCAGAGCCUGACGGGCGGUUCUCGACUACGAGGCGGGCCAAGCGAGUCAAAUGAUGCCCGGUUAAUGGAGAUGUUGGCUGCCCAGGCAGCACACCGGGAUGGAGACAAUGUCGAAGCGGAUGAGGAUGAUAUUGCGUCUGACGAGAAGCUAUCUGAGCAAGAGAAGAAGGAAAUCUUACAAAGGACACUGAAUAUGGCGGCGAGUAAUGGAGAUGUUACGCGGGUCAGAAAGCUGGUCACUGGCAAGGCUAUGAAAUAUAUCAAUAUCAAUGCGCCAGAUGAUGAGGGUACUGCACCGCUGAUAUAUGCUAGCUGUUUUGGUCAUCAUGAAGUUGUAUCUGCUCUGCUUGACGCAGGCGCAUUUGUCGACCAGCAAGACCGUAAUCAAUGGAGCGCUCUAAUGUGGGCUAUGACAAAUCGACACAAAACCAUUGCAAAGAACCUACUGGACCAUGGCGCGUCACCAGACAUCCGAUCGUCUUCUGGCGGGACAGCUUUCGACUUCGUUCAGCCUGGGACGGAUAUCUCCAAAUACCUCCAUGAAAAUGGCUACAAUGUUGCAUCUACAGUUGGCGGAGCUGACUUUUACGACUCGGGAUUCGCCCACAACAGAUUUGAAGAGGAAAUGGCCGAAAACGAGAUGAAAAGAAGGAUGAUGAUGGAAGAGAGCGCUAUCAACCUGGAAGUUGACUUAUCGAGCCUGGGUCUUAAUGAGAAACAUGACGACUCGCCCUAUGAAUAUGAGGAGCAACCUGAGUUUGUUUGGGAUCGUUGCCUGAAUGACCAAAUGUUUGUGUUUCAGGAGAACGAGUUGGAGAGAAUAUUGGAUAUUAUUAUCACCAAUAUGACACCCCAACGGUCUCCAUCCCAAAAGCCUGUUCCGGCAAAUUUACUCUUCCUUUGCGCGCGAUAUGCGCAUUAUCACGCCAGCCCUGACCUCCUGCAGAUACUUCUCCAUUCCGCAACGGAUCGUAUCAACCGUGUGGUAGAAAAACACCAGUGGGAUAUGACCAUACUGGCAUUUUGGAUAUCAAACGCCACUUUAUUAUUACAUUAUCUAAAAAAAGAUGCCGGACUGGUUGAAGCUACAGUGGAGUUCCAGCUUCACCUCGCAGAGCUGAUUAACGAAAUAUUUAUCCUUAUAAUCCGUGACGCUGAGCGUCGCAUAGAUAAGAUUUUGGACACAGCAAUGCUUGACCAUGAGACAAUCCCCGGCUUUGAGGAUGUUCAAUUCCAGAACGAAUGGAAGCUUUUCAGAACUAAAUCAAAAGUAAAGCCAGAGCCCAUGGAGAAACGAUACCGACCACCAUCACCCAAGAGGCGAGCAGAGAUUGCACCUCGGAAUGUGACCUCUUUACUGUCGUCUACACUCUUUGUGCUGGAUUUAUAUGAUGUUCACUCGAUCAUCACGACCCAAAUCAUAGCACAACUAUUUUACUGGCUUGGAUCAGAGCUUUUCAACCGGAUUAUGACUACAAAACACUACCUUGCUCGCACCAAGGCUAUGCAGAUCAGGAUGAACGUAUCUGCUUUGGAGGACUGGGCACGAACAAACAACCGACAGCCCGAACAUUAUGAAAGCGGAUCUGCGACCUGCACUGGCGAAAACACGGUUGACUCUGCUCGUAGACACCUUCAACCGCUUAUCGAAUUAUUACAGUGGCUACAAUGCUUCUCAUCCUUGGGCGAAGAUAUGGAUUCACUUAUAGAGACGCUCGAGCAACUUCAGCGGCUCACACCGAACCAGCUUCUCCACGCCGUUAAGCUCUACCGUUCGGAGGUAGGAGAAAAGGGCCUCUCUAAGAGCGCAAUGAAACUCCUCAUCUCCCUACAAAAAGACCCAUCUCAGUUGCUGCAGAUCCUCGACCAACAUCGACAGCACUCUAGGCCCGCUGAGUCUCCAUCUACUGACAAAGGGAAGGACGAAACAAGGCCAAUCGAAGAGCCGCAAACCCCCAGGACACCUAAAGCAUUACAACCUCCACCCUCACCAGGUGGUUCAAUUUCGCCCUCCCGGCCCCAAUCUUCACAAAUAAACAUUCCCAAGAACGCCCCACUCCUUCUCGAUCCUUCGCUCACAUUACCUUUCCAGCUCCCGACCAGCACCGACAUGCUAGUUAGUUACGGGGCUGGAUUUGGUGGGGUAAACCGCGAGCGUGCAAGGAAAUAUAUACCUACCGUGCCGACGGAGUUUCUCGUCAAAUUUGAUCGCGAGUAA